AUGUCAUAUGAAUGCUCUCUUCACGGUAGAAUUUCCAAUAAUUUAAAGCCUCAACUUAUAGAUAGACUUAUUGGAAUUUUCAAAACAACAGAAGGACCAUCUCGUAAUGAAGAUGUUUUAUUAAGACUUAAAUCCCAUAUUGAUGAAAAUGAUUUAACUAAACGUCAAUGGCAAUUGUUUCAACUUGGACAUCCCGAAUCUCAUCUUGGUCGAUCUACUACCGAUAAACCAGCAACUGUUAGAGCUGUAUUUCAUUCAAAAAUACAUACUGGUGAUUCUUUAAAAUUUAUGGGAUUACUUGGUUACAAAAUGGGAUUUGAAUUUGCAAGAAAAGGAAUAUUGGAAAAACCAAAUGAUGUAAGUUCGUUAAUACCUUUUGAUCCAAAAAAUUAUUGGAUUGUUGAGGUUUCAACAGUUCCUAUUUUACAACAAGAUGUAGAAAAAAAUAUCGGAGAGCUUCGAAAAUUUGCGGAAAUGUUGAAAGGGAUUUUGAAUUUACAUUACAUUGAACAUUCGAUAUUGCAAAACAAAGUUCAUCAUUAA